CUUUUCUCACACUUAAAAUACAUCCCCGCUUUUAGACUUUGACAAAAUAUUUCUGUGUGGAAUAUAUUUGACAAAAAAAACACUUUGUUGUACGUAUAUAUACUGUGUGAGUCGCCUUUGCCUCCUGCGCGAGCAAAAUGUUGACGAUCGGGAUCAUGUAAAGUGUUGAAGGGCCAAGUUUCGUCGCGAUUUUGUCUUUAAUAGCAUGGCACAGGCUCUUGUUCAGUUCAGUGCCGCAUUGCAUUGCCAGAUGACUAUGUAUCUGUUUGUGUUUAGGAUUUCGCAUUUUUAUAGUCAGACCCUGUGCUGCGCGACCGCAAUUUUCCCACAACGUUCUAUUUAGAGUGAGUGAUUUGGGUUUAACGCCGCUUUUAACAGUAUUCCAGUUAUGUGACGACGUGUCAGCUUAAUGUGGGAGGAAAGCCCCAAAUGAUGCAGGUUUCAGACGUUAACCACUUUUUUCCUGCACUUGUAGUCACUGCACAAACGUUUUUUUGUUUUGUUUGACGCCUUGUUGGUAUUUAUUCUCCUCUGGUGGGCGUAUAAACAGUGUUUAUGUUGUUGUCGUUAUUUUAUAUGUUUGUUUUGACAUAUGCAUGGAACUCCUUUUCUGUACAAUUAAGGCGAUGAAACCCUUGCCAAAUUCAUAAGAAAUGAGUUGAUUGUAAGAUUCCGACCACAUCAUGAACACGAGUUUAUGAAUCACUAUCAGAAAGUGAUGAUACAAAUGUUUAAGAAAAGGCAAGCGUAUUCUGCCUCAUCGGCGGCACAAGUCACAAACGGGAACACAUGGUACAACAGGGAAUUGCAUCGGACAUCAUUCUUGCUACUGAUGCGUCAAACAUGUCUACUAUACACCUUUUAUGAAGCUUGACUGUGCCCUUGGACGUUGUAAACUUGAUCAAACAGCUUCUUAGCACGAGUCGUAUGAAUUCCCAUAGGUACAAUAAAAUAUUGCCUUGUCUCAAAACGAAACUGCAAACUGCAAAUAGUUCAAGGCCCAAAGACGUGCUAUGUGGAAGAGGGCCUGCGUGAUGACGCUAAUGAACCUCGGUUAUACGAACAGAUCCUGAGGGGAUUCCUUUAAACUAAGUCUCCUGACCACACGUUAUCGCUCUCCAACAAGCAUAUGUUUUAUUGACCCCUAGACUUGCAGUUAAAUUUCUAGUUGUCCCUAAUAGAAACUGUAGUCCUCCACAUAUCUAGCCUUGCCUAUUAGGAGGAUAGAAUUACUACACAUCCAUGCACUUAUCUUUCAGUACAGCCUUGGAGCAAGACUUAUUUACCCCCUGCACUUUUUCAGCCACGGCUCACACCAGUGGAAAGUUUAUAUUUAGAUACAGAGUUGAUACAACAUCUCUGCUGCCACCAAGGCUUGCACACAGGUCGACUCACGCCCGGAGCUUCAACGCCCACCCCACGAGCCUCCUGUCCUCGCCUUUCUAUUGUGAUUUCAACUGUUCUCGUAUCAAACAUAAUACGGCUGAAAAUAGGCAUCAAUAAAAAAAUGAUAGCUUUAAAAGAACCGAGUUCCAACAAAUUGAAAUUCUACCUAGCGAUUGGUAUCUUUCUCACGCGAGUUAUGUUGAAAUGUCUGUUUAUUCAGCAGUUUGAAAGGGACGUGAAUAUGUGAAAUUUGUCUUUCAUUUUGACCCCAAUAUCAUUAAAGCUGCAGGAAGCAACACUGUUGCCUUGGCAUGUGUUGUGUGCACAGUCAGGUGAUUGAUCACUUUGUUUGUUUGUUUGUUUGCUUGUUAGUUGUUAAACGCCGCACUUAGCAAUAAAUAUUCCAGCUAUUUGACAGCGGGAUAAUUGUGUAAAGCAAUGUAGCAAAUAUCAUCAAGGUGCUUAUGCAGUUAUUAAUUAAUGGAUUAUAUCCCAGUAAUUUGUGCGAGUAAGUAACGUGACGACUCCAAUGUAUUCACGUUUGCUAUUUCUCUUCACAAUUACAACCACAUUACAAAGUACCAAGCCUGCAACGUUAUGUAUCGUGUGUGUUUUUCAAUGACCGGUGGUGAAUAAUUCUGGGUUGUUAUCUCUUUCCCAUCGUGGCGCAUCCCUGCCGCAGAGUGAAUCAAACAGCAGCUGCCUCCGUCUGUGCUGGAAGCUGGCGUUUAUGCUGCAGAGGAAACACUAGAGUUCUUGGAGAUGGAUGUGAAGACGGUGCUUCUCUUGGUGGCAGGGAUGUUAGACUCUGCAGCCUGUAAUCCCAAACACAGCCUGGUCACGGAUUUGUUUCGCAACUACGACAAACGUGUUGAACCUUUCGGGCCUAACGAGACACUGAACGUGUUGAUGGACGUUACCCUGGUCGAGGUGUCCGACAUCGACGAGAGAAAGCAAGUGAUGACGACAAAUUGCUGGAUAACUUUGAAAUGGAGGGAUGCAUCAUUGGCAUGGCAACAGGAAGAACAUGAUAACGUGACCGACCUACGGAUCCCAUCCGAUGCCAUAUGGACGCCUGACAUUCGAAUACAAAACUCAGUGGAAGUAAACAACCAAAUGUCGCCCAGCGAGCACAACAACGCAAUAGUACAGUCAAGUGGAGAAGUAUUACUGAUUUAUCAGGUCAUCUUAAAAACGAUGUGUAGAAUUUACGUUGCCUACUUCCCCAUGGAUCAACAACACUGUGAGAUGUGGUUCCUGUCGUGGACAUCCAAUGGUGAUCAACUAAAUCUCACAAAUGGUGAAAGUGGAGACGUAGGUUUAUAUCAAUACAUUGGCAAUGCGGAAUGGGACAUGGUCUCCUUCAAGAAAAGUCGUGAGGUCAUAUAUUACUCAUGUUGCCCCGAGCCCUACUUCACAUUGACGUACCGAGUGGUCUUGAGACGGAGGCCAUUGUUCUUCCUGGUUAAUCUGAUGAUGCCCUGUCUAGUCAUCACGUUGGUUGCUCUGCUGGGACUUCUGGUGCCGAAUGAAUCUGGAGUGAAAAUAUCCAUAGGAAUCACGUCUCUCCUGGCAAUGAUAGCAUUGUUGCUUUUUAUCUCGACAUUAUUGCCACCGACGUCUUUAGCGAUUCCUCUUAUUGGUAGAUACUAUGCUGUCUGUAUCCUCAUUGUGUCGCUGAGUACAGGCCUGGCCGUGCUCACUCUCAAUAUUCAUCACCGAGGACUGAAAGGACACAAACUGCCAAGGCUUGUGAAAACUGUGUGCUUUAGUUUUCUUGCUAGGAUCAUGUUCAUCAAAAUAGACAUGCCAGGGUCUGACGACCAGGAAAUGGCACGAAAUGCCGCUUAUGACGAGGCCAACCAUGGAGACAUACCAGCACCCACCCUGAGCCUGACGGAGGGACAGCAGGCUGGGGGGACGACUAACGUGGUGGAUGUUCUCAACCGGCUACUCCACACAGUAGAGCAGGCCAUAGGGCUGCAGAAGAGGAGAGUCGCUAAACAAGACAGCCUUGACCAGAUUACAUAUGAAUGGAAGCAACUGGCCAUCGUCCUCGAACGCGCUCUGACAAUCAUAUUUCUCUUCGUCACUGUUUUCACGACGGUUGCAAUGUUCUCCUAGACUCUAGAAGUGGGUGGAACCUGGUGGUAAAGUGUUCGCUUGUCAGACAGCAGACUUGGCUUCUAUUCCCCGUAUGGGUACGACGCUUAUUUUGUCCAGUGAUUAUAUCACUUUCUUGGUUUCAAGUGCCCAUAUUGUGUUGUGUGUGUGGAGUACUUGAUGUUCCAUGUUACUGGAAUGUUGCUGAAAGAGGCGUCCAACACCAAUGACCCUAGCAACCCUUUGGCUUGCAUGACGACGGGCACCAGGUUGCCAUAGGGUAGCUGUAUUUUCUUCAGAAAUUCGCUUUAGGAUUUGUAUAUCGUCACGUAAAUAUGCAUAAUGGAACUAAGUACAUUAGAAAAGUGGGUAUUGUUUUUUGUGGUCACUAUUUACAUGUUAUUUCGAUUUGCAAUGUUUGAUUCGUAAACUUUAUGACUGAUUAUUUUCAAGUUGCGAACAUUUAUUAUCUAGAUCAUUAAAUGCAAUUCAAUUAUUACAAGUUAUAUUGGAUAUCCUUUCUCACCUGACUGGACAUCGAGUGAGCUUAUGUCGCAGCCUGUUUACCUGUGAUCCGCCAUCAAGAUCGUCACAUCGUUUCAUAGUUCGUCCCAUUCAUGACGACCCCACAUUUGUUCAAGAGGUUCGAAUCCAGUUUAUAGCUUUAUUUGGCCACUACUCAGCUCUUUUGUGUUCAAAAUGGAAUACAAUUUGCUACAUGUUUAAUUAAUGUUUUGGGCUGAACAUAUAUUUUCCGUGUUUCACAAUAGUUUUGCCAUGGUAUAGACCUUAUUGUUUUUGCCAUGUUCUGAUAUUCGCGUAAAAUGAGUAUUUGACUUCUGUAAACUGGAAUACCCAUACAAAAAGAGCUAACCUUUCAUGUGUGUUUCCUCUCACGGCGACAUAAUAAUUUGUUCAAAUCACUGUAGGAUUUUAGUGUCAACAAUGCCAUUAUUAAGCAUAUUUUAAUAACCUGUCACAGUCAAUGUGUUAAAUGUGAUUCACUCAGGCGGUUUACAAAAUGCCUACACAUUUCAGUUAUUUUACAAAUUGACUGUCAAGUUGAUUUAUUUGACAGAUUGACUAAAGUGAAGAUUAUUAAGAAGCUGAAAAGGGCCCAAAAGAGCAAAAUACAAUAGGUAUGCUGGAAUUAGAAGCAAUAAAACUAACAAAAUAUAUAUUGUCUUCUGUUAACCCUUACAUUUUCACUGGGUGAUUACACUGAACAUCAAAAUGUGUUGAAUUCGUUAUCAUAAAAUAAAUGGCCAAUUUGUA